AUGAAGUCGGUGAUAUUUGAGGACUCGCUCUUCGACAACUGCUACUUCGAGGACGUCACCUCCAGCAACACCUUCUUCAAGAACUGCACCUUCAUCUCCACCUUCUUCCACAACACAGAUGAGGGUGACCCCACCAACCCCCUUUCUCCCAUCCCCACAGACCUCUUUGAGUACAAGUUCAUCAACAGCCGGAUGGUGAACACCACCUUCUCGCAAAACAAGGAGGGCUGCCAGCUGGACUUCAGCGACGACAACAACGCCUACAUGAUCUACUUUGUCAGCUUCUUGGGCACCUUGGCCGUCCUCCCCGGGAACAUCGUCUCGGCCCUCCUCAUGGACAAGAUCGGCCGCCUACGCAUGCUGG